CACAUUUUUAUUGAUCGUAUAAUAGAUGAGGUAAAUUACUUUGGAAACACAUAUAUAUAAUACAGUUCUCUGCGCUUCCAGCACAUCAACACCUCUUUCAAGCACACAAGCUACUGUAGAGCUACUAGAGAUAGAUCUACCAAAGACAGAACAAGACACAAAUGCGCCAGAUCAAGACAUAGAAAACCCUGAAGGCAUUUUGCAUCAGGGACAGAUGGACACUAGCCAUCUACCUAAACGAAUUCUAAUUCCUUUAUGUCUCUCUCUGUGUCUUUGCCUUUUCAUGGCCUCUCUGGAUCAGACUAUUGUUACCGUAGCAUUACCCCGCAUCGCAUCAGACUUUAAUGCUCUCGCAGACAUCUCGUGGGUUGGAUCAGCGUUUCUCAUCACAUCAACGGCGUUUCAAGGCUUAUAUGGCAAAUGCUCAACCAUCUUUGGUUAUAAAAUCAUGAUUCUCUUUGCCAUGUUUUUCUUCCUUGUGGGUAGUUUGAUUUGCGCAUUGUCAACCGGUAUUGUUAUGCUCAUUAUCGGUAGAGCCAUUGCAGGUAUUGGAGGUGCCGGUAUGCAAUCUAUGUGUCAAAUUAUCAUAGCUGUGGUUUGCCCUAUUCAAGAUAGAAGUCUAUACCAAGGUAUCCUUGGAGCCGCUUAUAUGGUUGGCACUACCAUUGGACCUCUUAUCGGAGGAGCAUUCACCGAUCAUCUUAACUGGCGCUGGGCUUUUUAUAUCAAUCUUCCAAUUGGUGCUGUGGCUGCUAUUGCCGUCACUUCUGUGCUUCGCCAUCAACCGGCACCAGACACAACAUGGAAAGAAAGAUUUGCUCGCAUCGACUAUCUAGGUACUCUUCUACUUCUAGGAUGGGUUGUUGCCUUUUUGCUUCCUCUUUCAUGGGGUGGCAGCACCUAUCCCUGGAAUUCGGCCGUUAUCAUAAGUCUCUUUUGUGUUUUCGGCAUCCUAUUUGUCGUCUUCGUCCUUGUACAGUGGAAGUACUCUAAGGAACCUCUCAUGCCAGCUCACAUCUUUACCGUCCACCGCAAUCCUCCGUUGAUUUUUGCAGCAAGUAUCUUAUCUGGAAUGUGCAUCUUGGGGAUAAUGUACUAUGUACCCAUUUUAUUCCAAGAAGGAAUGGGCAACUCUGCAACUAUAGCUGGUGUCAAGUUUAUUCCCUUCAUGGUAACUAUUAUCAUUUCCAGCGUCACUGCUGGUGUGGUAAUUAAUGUUUUCUUGGUAUACCGUCCCGUCAUAUGUUUGGGAGGUGUAUUAGCAACUACUGGUGCCGGAUUGAUGACUCUUUGGACUCGUGAUUCCAACGUUGGCACACAGAUUGGAUUUCUGAUUGUCUGUGGAUUUGGUUUGGGUUGGUUCCUACAAGGUAUCAUUAUCAGCGCUCAAGCUGCCAGUCGCAAGGAAGAUCUACCGGUAACUACAGGACUGAUCAGUUUCUGCCGUUCCCUCGGAGGAGCCAUCGGCGUUACUGUUUUUGGCACAGUGUUCAACAAUGCAUUGCUCAAGACGCUUCCCGAGGAUGUACCAGAUGUUAGCGAAACUAUCGUGGCUGCAGCAUUGGUUCAAAACCAAUCCAUCUUGUCAACCCUCUCAGAUGCAACUAAAAAUGCUAUUGCCGAUGCGAAUGUUGAUGCUUUACGUUACGUAUUUUAUGCAAUCAUUGCAUUGAUGGGAGCUUCUACUCUAUUGGGAUUUGCCACCGGUCAUGUCCAGCUUACUAAAGAGGAACUCGAACUCAUACAAGAAACUGAAGAAGCGUAAAAUAAGAAUGCCCUAAUGGCAGUAACUCUUACAUCAAUCACCCAUAAUUUAAUUAUAUAUUUAAUAUACAAUGUACUCUUCUCAAGCCUAACUUUACAGACGGGUGUAGAACUGUGAUUUUUUGUGUAUAGAAGCACUGUUUUGUUGGUCAAAAAAAUCGGAAAAUAGAGUCGGGUUGUUGCCUCUCUUUGAAACGAGCAUAUAACCUGCAC